AUGGCGGCACAGGUUGACGAAUCCAUUGUGUAUGUCAGGGCAACAUGUCAGGCUUCUAUGAAGAAACACCACUAUCAAAUGUAUGUGUGUGCAACCCUCUCCCCUGACAAGGACAAACUAGAAUAUGCCUACUGCCAGUGUCCAAUUGGACUAUCACAGGCAUGCAGCCAUAUUGGUGGGCUUUUAUUUGCUUUGGCGCAAGGACAAACAACAAAAAAAGGAACGUUGGAAGAAAACUGCACCUCCAACCUUUGUAUGUGGAAAGUCCCUAGGAACCAGAUUAAAGCGCAACCUCUACGAAAUUUCCAGCUGGCUAAGCCGAGAGUCACUCCAAAUAACCUAACAAAUACAAUCCAGCCACCACCUCAGGGUAAUUUUGAUCCAAGACAUUCUGAGGACAGGUCUCAUGACCUCCACAAAAGUCUGCAGGAGCUGAAGAAAUUAAAGGUUUUCCCCCAAACAGGAAUGUCACACUUUUGGAAUAUUCCUGACCAUGUGCCAGAUGUAUGCCAUGAAGAAGAGAUGGAAACAUCAAUACAUCCACUUCAGAAAAAGAUGGAGCAAAUGGUCUUUAAAGAAAACAACUGCCCGCCUCCAACAAUUAAUCUUGAUCUUUCAAGAUACAUUGAGGAAAAAACACAGAGCCAGAGUUCAUGUCCAAUGUGGAAAGCUCUACACAGAAGAAGGAUCACAAGUUCCAUUUUUGGAGAUGUUCUGCAUGCUGGGCCCAAUCCUGCAUCAUUAAUUAAGCAGAGUGUGGAAGGUUCAAACCUUGACAAGUAUGCAAAUUUACCAGAAGCAGUAAAGUGGGGACAGGACCAUGAGGGGUGUGCCAGAGUCCAGUAUGGAGAGAUAAAACGGGCCCUUUUCAAUGUUGAGAUCUAUCCUACUGGACUCACAUUGUGUACAUCACAUUCAUUUCUAGGAGCCUCAAGUGAUGGCAGAAUCAUAGAACAGGAUGGUGAAGGUUUGCUUGAAAUCAAAUGUCCAUUUUCUUUAAAUGGAAAAAAGAUACUUAGUAUGGGAAUAGGGCACAUCAUGGAGAUGAAUGGCAAAAGCUUCUGUUUGGAAUCUUCUGAUGAAGGGCCAAAGUUAAAAAAAAGUCACAAAUAUUAUGCUCAGGUGCAGGGUGAAAUGGCCAUUAAGGGCUUACCUUGGUGUGAUUUUGUUGUUUGGACAGGGGCAUCAUCAAAUAACAUUGCCAUUGACAGAGUUUACUUUGAUGCUGACUUUGUAAGUGAUAUGAUGCCAAAACUUGUAAAAAUUUUCAUAGAUCACAUAUAUCCUUUGUAUUAUGCGUAAAGCAGCAAUUA